AUGUCACGUAAUCCGGAACGCCCUUCAAAGAGAGCAGCCCAGAAGUCGGAUGCCUCGGAAGAUGAUUAUGUAAUGAAACGUCAGAGAAAUAAUGCCGCCGUAAACAAAACAAGGCAGAAGAAACGACAAGAAGAAGUUGAAACUAUCCAGAGGGUCCAGGAACUUCGAGAAGAAAACAAAAACCUGGAGAGGACAGUGGAAUCUCUGAGGAAUGAGCUCAAUCUUCUAAAGGAGAUGGUUCUAUCAUUUGCUUCUCAAAAUAAAACAAAUAAAUAA